ACUUUUUUUUUGUUAACUGUAAACUGCAAAAAGUCGGCCGCGCCAAAAUUCGUCUGUUUUGUUUAUUUUAAAGUCUAUUUUAUAAUUGUUUUAGUUAUCGUGUUGUUUAGCAAUUUUUAGUUUUAGUUUGAUUAUAUAUAAUAAAUUUUAAACGUUGAUUUAAUAUUUAAAACAGGAUGAAUUCUUUUAAAGCUAAAAUUAUCUCUACUUUCAGUAUGUAUGGUUUUACGCUUCGAAGCGAAGCUUUGAAAUAUAUUCAUGAACAACUAGAAAACAUUAACGAAUCUCAGAUAGAUGAAGUAAUCCAAAGCAUAAUAGAUCAAAUAAAUUCACAAAAUCUAACUUGUUCAUUGAUUGAAAAAUCUCAUUUAGAAGAAGCCUUUCAAAAUCUUGAUUGUACUUCAAACAACGAUGGAGACUUAUUGAAAAUUUUUGAUGCAUUUUCCUUGAUACGAUUCACUUAUAAUAUUGAUUCAAAAAAAUUUCUUACAUGGAGCACCCUUCAUAAGAAACCAGUUGUUUUGCAUGGAAAUCCAGACUCUAAAGCUGAUAUGCUGAUUGAGCGUUAUAAAACAGUACACCAAAGAACAGCUCGACAUCGACUUUUCUCUGCUCAAUCUAUUGUUAGCAGUGCAAAUCAGUCCCAAAAUUAUACUCUCAAAGCAGUUGAACACCUUCUUGGAUUGUCCUGUACUGAAAAUAAUAUAAUUGUUUUGGGAAUGCUAACUCAACUUAAGGAGGGCCAGUUCUUUCUUGAAGAUCCAACUGGAGUUGUACCAUUGAAUUUAAGCAAAACAGUAUAUAAAGGAGGCCUUUUUACAGAAAACAAUAUUGUUCUAGUUGAAGGUUUCAGUGACGAUAAAGUUUUCCAUGUGACUGCAAUGGGUUUUCCUCCUCCUGAACCUGCUGAAGAGACUUUAUCAUAUUUUCCUAAUUUUUGUGCGACUCCAUGCCCAACAAUAAAUUCACAUAGACUUUCUAUAAAGCUUAGAGAAAUUGAAGAAGAAAAUAGCAAUGCUAUGUUUGUAUUUUUAUCUGACAUUUGGUUGGAUCAAUUCAAGGUUAUGCAAAAAUUACAAGUUCUGUUUGCAGGCUAUUCUCAAAUGCCGCCAACUUGUUUUGUUCUUAUAGGAAACUUUUUAUCAUUACCUAUAGUUGGUUCUCAAAGCAAAGUUUUUGAAGAUUGUUUUUCUCAGCUUGGUAGCUUAAUCAGUGAAUAUCCUACCUUGAUUGAAAACUCACAGUUUAUAUUUGUUCCUGGUCCUAACGAUCCUGGUCUACCUUACAUAUUACCAAGGCCUCCAAUACCUGAUACGUUUCUUGGUGACUUCAUGAAAAAGGUUCCAAAAGCAAUUUUUACUUCAAAUCCAUGUCGAAUACAGUAUUGUUCUCAAGAUAUUGUUAUCUUUCGGGAAGACAUAAUAUCUAAGUUAUGCCGAAAUAGUAUAUAUACUCCCUGGGAACACGAAGAAAAAGUUGAUAUUCCAAAUUUGUUUGUGAAGACUGUUAUUGCAAAUGCACAUCUUAUGCCUCUUCCAAAUAAUGUUGCUCCUAUUUACUGGGAAUAUGAUCAUUCUCUUUGGUUAUAUCCUCUACCGGAUGUGGUUGUUUGUGCUGAUAAAUAUGAUCCAUACACAGUUAAAAGUACCAGCAGUAUAUUUUUUAAUCCAGGAUCCUUGCCUCGUUCAAAUUAUUCCUUCAAAGUGUAUUUUCCAGCUUCUAAAGAAGUAGAGGACAGUGAAAUAUCUGAUGAAGCGAUGAAUUAAUUAAAUUUUUAAUUUAUUUUGUUGUAUAUUUAUGUAAAUAUAUUUUAUUAAAAUGUUCUUUUGAAA